AUGGAUUAUAAACCUGAUCUAGUAGUCCUAGUGGAACCCAGAAUCUCUGGUCUCAAGGAGGACAGAGUAAUAAAGAAAAUUGGCAUGUAUCGCUCUCACAAAGUGGAAGCAAAUGGAUUUUCAGGAGGCAUUUGGGUUCUUUGGUCCAGUUUGACAAAGAUCAAAGUACUCAAAAACCAUCAACAAUUCAUCCACUGCUGUGUCAAUCUGAUUAACCAAAGACAAAGCUUUCUCUUUACAGCAAUUUAUGCUAGCCCAAAACCCCAAUGGAGAGUUAAUCUAUGGAGUGACCUCUCCAGUAUUGCGCCUGAUUCCAAUGAACCUUGGUUACUUGCUAGCGAUUUCAAUGCCACUUUAAGCUCAGGUGAACGGAAAGGAGGCGCCAGUGAACGAAGACGAGGAUGUCGCCUUUUCCAUUCCUUUAUUCAGUCUAAUGAGCUCAUUGACUUGGGCUAUGUAGGCCCAUUCUACACUUGGAGAUGUGAGCUCACUUUAGCUCGCCUAGACAGAGCACUCUCCAACACCCACUGGAUGCAUUGUUUUCCCAACUCCACAGUUCAACACCUACCGCAAAUCAGUUCAGACCACAGGCCCCUCUGGAUAAAUUUUGGUGCCCCCAUAUUUGCAAACAAAAAGCCUAAAGAUUUCAAAUUCCUCACUACUUGGGAAACCCACCAUACCUUCCCCAAAUUAGUUCAGGAUAACUGGGACUCUAGGCUUACCCUCUCGGAGAAUAUCUCCAACUUCUCCUUAGCUGCAUCCCACUAG